AUGGAGCAUUGCUGUUUGUGCAAUAAGUGGGAGCAUGCCGAAUGUGCGGGACUGUUCGACGGGAACAAAGACCCCGAUACAAAAUACGUGUGCUCCAAGUGCAAGGACAAGCAGGAAUCCACGGCCGCCAAGUUCCGUGAAGAUCGAGGAUCCGCCGGCUUAAAACCUUCCACGCGGUCGAGGAAGGGGUCAACGGCAUCGACUAGGAAGAACGAACGGGGUACGGUUAAAAGUAUCACCUCUACCUGCCUCUCAACGGAUGUUAGAGAGCAGUUAAAGCUGAUAGAAGAAGAAAGAAGCUUUAAAGAACGGGAGAUACAGGAGCAGAGAGAGAUGCUGCGUCGCAAGAACGAAGAGUCGGCCCGACAGUUGGAGGAAAAAAGAAAGCUCGCCGAAGAGGAGAACCUUCGUCGAGAGAUAGAGAUGAAGGCAGAGGCGGAACUCAUCGCUCGAGAACAAAACGCUCGCCGAGAGUCGCUGGAGAAGAAGCGAGAACUGAUGCGCCAACUCUCUCUACCAAGCCGUUUAGGCACCGAGGACAGCUACAGUGAAAAGGUAGUAUGCUGGCUUAGUACGAACAAAGGGAUGAGUGGACAAAGGCCAAAUUCGCACGAGGAUGCCCUCUCCCGCUCCAGCUCAGCGGAUUCAGUAGCGCGGAAAACCUCAUCAGACUGA